CGUUGGCGGCGGCGGCAUGGCGGAGAGCGAGGCCGAGACCCCCAGCACCCCGGGCGAGUUCGAGAGCAAGUACUUCGAGUUCCACGGCGUGCGGCUGCCGCCCUUCUGCCGCGGGAAGAUGGAGGAGAUCGCCAACUUCCCGGUGCGGCCCAGCGACGUGUGGAUCGUCACCUACCCCAAGUCCGGCACGAGCUUGCUGCAGGAGGUGGUCUACCUGGUGAGCCAGGGUGCUGACCCCGAUGAGAUCGGCUUGAUGAACAUCGACGAGCAGCUCCCGGUCCUGGAGUACCCGCAGCCCGGCCUGGACAUCAUCAAGGAACUGACGUCUCCUCGUCUCAUCAAAAGCCACCUCCCCUACCGUUUCCUGCCCUCCGAUCUCCACAACGGUGACUCCAAGGUCAUAUACAUGGCCCGGAACCCCAAGGACCUGGUAGUGUCCUAUUACCAGUUCCACCGCUCCCUGCGGACCAUGAGCUACAGAGGCACUUUCCAGGAGUUCUGCCGGAGGUUCAUGAACGAUAAGUUGGGCUACGGCUCCUGGUUCGAGCACGUGCAGGAGUUCUGGGAGCACCGCAUGGACUCCAACGUGCUUUUCCUCAAGUAUGAAGACAUGCACCGGGACCUGGUGAUGAUGGUGGAGCAGCUGGCCAGAUUCCUGGGGGUGACCUGUGACAAGGCCCAGCUGGAGUCCCUGACCGAGCAUUGCCACCAGCUGGUGGACCAGUGCUGCAAUGCCGAGGCUCUGCCCGUGGGCCGGGGGAGAGUCGGGCUGUGGAAGGACAUCUUCACCGUCUCCAUGAACGAGAAAUUCGACCUGGUGUACAAACAGAAGAUGGGGAAGUGCGACCUGACGUUUGACUUUUACUUGUAGUAACCGCCCCAGCACACCUGCAUGCUCACAGUCCCCAGACACCACUAGCUACAAGUCCUGCAGGCACCCAUCUGUUACCCGCCAGACAAGCUCCGGAAGCGCCGUGACCGUGGCGGGGAAGGGAGAGCGGAGGGCUUGGAGGCGGUGGGAUGGCUUCCGUCCCUGCGCUGUCCCGCCUUUGGAGCUUGAAGUCUCCACAUGUCUGAUUACAAACAUAAAGAUUGCAGUUCUGCUGGCCGGUACCCUAAGUGCAGAGUCUGUAACAUAUGCAACUAGAAUGUCUGCCGUUUACAACCCCACAUUAUUUAUUGUAUUUUAUAGAGCUUUUCACUGGAAAUCUAAAUAAAUGUCAGUAAACCAAAUAAAAGCGCAUUUCCAAGGGGACUCAGGAGCGAGCCACGCCCGAAUGCUGGAAGGAUCUCAGGGUUGACUCCUUAUGUUUGUAGUUUUCUUCUGUAAGGCACAGCCGCUCAGUGUUCACCUGGGUCUGAGAGAAAGGUGAGGCCACAGAUGAGUUUGGGGGGGGGGGAAGACGGAGUGAGAAAAGGGAGUUUAUUCUUUGUAACCUCCCUGAAAUAAAGCAGAAGCUGUCCACUAGGGCAUUUUCAGAAGGGGUGGAACAUUUCAUGAGGAGACCCGUUACUGUAGCGACGAGACUGCCUCGGAGACCCUGAGCACACUUGCAGUUUGAGUUCUCAGCCUGAGGCUUUUGGUCCCUGAAACAGAAGCCUGGCAAGCGUUCACUAGUGUUCAGGUGGUUUUGUCCGUACCUGAGGUGCAGCCACGCGAGAACCGCUCUGCAGGUUUAAUGCGUUUUGCUCAGAAGCCUGGCCAUCCGCCUUCGUCUCUGCCCACCCUGCACCUCAGUGUAUCUGGGGGAGCAGAGGUGGUAUCUUUACUGCCCCCGCCACCUGCUUCAUUUUCUGGCAGGUGGGCACUGGCCCACAUUUGGCUGGAGAAGUGGACGGCCGGCUAAGCAGCUUGUAUGCGUGUUGCCACCGUGGUGGGACUGGGGUGGUCUCGGGCAUUUAUGUGGCUGGGAAGUGCCCACAGUGGUUGUCAGAUGGGUCACUGCUGUGUAAGGGGUCUGUUCUGUGUCGCGUCUUUGAAAAGGUGCAGACAUGCACUUGUGUUUUAUUUGUGAAGGGGAGCAGCUGGGAUGGGGCAGGUGGCAUGUGGUGUGGCAUGGUGGGCUGGGCCCCUUCCCUGUGUAUCUGUGAGGGGGCUGCCUUCUGUGAAGUUUUUUUUCUAUUUUUCUAUUUUUAGUACUGAAUGGAUGUUACCGAGCACGCGGAUGCUUCUGAGCUUGCUUGCCUCUUUAAUAAAGACACGUCCCAUGC